AUGGUCUCGAUCAACCUCCCCGCCGGCCCAGCCGAGCCAAACUGCUCCCGCUGCGGCGCCCACAACGACGACCUCACCAGACUCAUCACCAAGACCUCCAACCGCAACGGCAACGCCGGUCGUCCAUACCUCAAAUGCCUUCCCUGUGAGCGCUUCGUCACUUUCGACGAUCGCCGCGGCACCAGCGCAAACCACCAGCCAUGCGACUGCGAGAAACCAAGCCGUCUCCAGCUCGCCGGCAAAGCCAAGGGACGCAAACUGCACUUUGUGUGUGCUACUGGGACUUGCGGGUUCUACACCGCGAAAGUCAAUGGGGAGGGGGAUGUGGCUGUGAUCGAGGAGGAUCUCAUUGGCAGGCUUGCGGGCUUGUUGAUCUGAGUCCGCUGUUGGAGAGUAUGUGGAGUCUGCGAACUCGAAGGUGGAAUAUUGUCGGAAAGGGUGAUCCAGGGGGCGACGAUGAGCUGUGUGGGCUGGGUAGUCUACUUUCUCCAACGAAUCAGAGAGUAUUAGAUGCUUGGAU